CGCCCUCUUCACGCCGUCCCUCCCUUCGCGCCGCGCACGACGUCGGCGGUGUUGCGCGAUGUUUCGUUACGAGUUCCGUAUCCCGCAGUAUUGAUGAUUUCCAUUUUAGGAAAUCCUGCCGUCUCACCUUAGCAUGCUCGCGAAGCGACCGAGCUGGGGCGUCGCGCGAAUCGUCAAGACCAGUGCCAAGGCGAUCAUACUGUUCGAGGUCACGCUGCUGCUCGGCUCGUACGGAUUCUGGCGUUGCCUCAACACUUCGCAAGAUUUCAGGUAUCGCGUGCACCGACGUUUCCCGAUCAUAUUGGAGGGCUACUACCGCAUCGGGGAGCAGCUGUCUGGCAACACCGACCAGAGGACGUUUGAUUACAAGACCUGGAUGGUGGAGCGCGAUGAGCAUUAAAUCUUCAUGGCGUUCCUGAGGCUUCUUGUGGCGUCGACAGUCCUCGGCGGUGGAAUAGGAUACGCUUUGUUCAAAUUCGCUGCGGCCGACGAGUCGGAGCUUAGAAAGCAUCUCCCGCCGUAUUCGUCAGAGCCACAGAGUAUUUUCAGACGGCCGUACAGGGCAGGAUCUACGAAUGCAGAAAAGCCGAGCGUUAGUUUCAAGGACGACAUAAGCAGCAUUCAGAAAUAGCAUUUGUGUGGUAAAAUGGACCCCGCGGAGCUUAUAGAGGAGAGUUUGUCGGAUCGUCUCACGAAGAGGGACCGGCAGCGGAAGAAUGUUAUCGAGAGGCGGAGGGAGGAGCGGCAGUCGCUCGCCGUGGAGUCCGAGCAAAGCGGCUACUUCAAGGACACGUUUCACUCCUCCUGCAAGAAGAUCAAGGAGAUGCUGGACGACGCGCCUAGCAGCCCGUCCUCGGCGCUGCCGGGGAUCUUCGAGAAGUCCAACAAGGAGAUCCAGCUGCUUAAGAACUAUUUGUCGCAAUCGAAAAUGUUUUUAAAGGUUUACGAUAUAAGGCGCGCGCAAGAGAACCUACAGUCGUUGGAGAACCAGGCUUCCGAAUUGGAGCUGAAGCUCCUGCCUAAGAAGAAGUUCGGUUUCAAGAAUCGUAGAAUCGUUAAGAAACCCACCGACAAGGGGCACGACAUCACGGACGGUUUCAAGGACCUCAAGAUAUCCGAGAGCAUUGUGAACGGCUCCGGCAAGCAGAACAAUAAGUUGUCAAGCAAGUACGGGGACAGCGCCUGCAUGCUGCUGGGCAAGGUGAACGAGCGACUGGUGCUGGACGCGGAGAAUGUGAAUAAGAACGACAUCCUACUCUCCGACUUGGUUCGCUGUACCAUACGGAUAUACGGUACGCCGAGCACCCUGCACAUGGUGAACCUAAAGCAGUGCACUGUAUUAGUCGGGCCGGUGACGUCCUCCGUUUUCGUGCACGACUGCAGUGACUGUGUAUUCGCUUUCGCGUGCCAGCAGCUGCGAUUACACUCGUCAACGGACUGUACCAUUUAUUUACACGUCACGAGUAGGGCGAUCAUAGAGGAUUGCACCAAGAUACACGUAGCACCUUACAACUGGUCUUACGAGGAUCAGACGAGUCACUUUAAUCUAGCCGGCCUCGAUCCAAAGAUUAACAAUUGGAACUGCAUCGACGACUUCAAUUGGCUGUCUAGUGAGAAACAUUCGCCGAAUUGGUCGAUCCUCGAACCGGAGCUUCGAGUGAAAGCGUGGGAUUGAGCGAGAUAACUUGUAAAAUAAAGAGGAAGAGAGCAAUUAAAGCUAACUCGUAGUAGCGAAAAUGUUUUCAUGGAAACCUGAUUCUUCUUUCUCCGGAACGUCGGUUUAUUUACGUAAAUAAAAUCAUCUACAUAUAUACCGUGCUUUUUCACAAGGUGCAAGUUAUAUAUGCAAGUUUUAUAUAUUUACGAGAUAUAUCUAAUAAAUUUACUGUUUGUCAAUAUAUACAGGGUGUCCUAUUUUACAAGUCACACCUAGAUAACUCUGGAAAAAUCGUUGCAGGAGUCGUAUCGUGUGAGAAACAUCAUAUGCUUCUACGUGGAGUGUAAUGAAACUUCUUUGCUAAAACUUUUCCAAGUUGCUUAGGUUUGCUUUUUAAAAUGGGACAAUCCCUUCACAUAUAUAUAUACAAACAUAUGUAUAUAUUAUAAA